UCUUAGACAUCAAAUGCUGCGAAAAGUAGAGCCUGACACUUUCCCCACCGAACGAACACCGGCGCCAACGGCCGCGAGUUGGAAGGACUUCGCGCUUGGGCUUUUCCAUAAAGUUGCAAGCCUCUUCUGGUCGAGUUCCCCUUCCGCGGAUCUUUCGAAGGAAACCGACAAUGGCCGCGCAGUCACGGAGUUAUGGCUGGAUCAUUGAAAAUAGAGGACGACAGAACGAGUGGGGAGUCGACUGAGAUGCAAUCUGUAGAAGUGAGUGGCGUUAUGCUGGAGAACUCCCCUCCAUGUAUUAUUUUGAAAGUGGAACUUUCAUUCUAACUCGAUCUCGUGUUUGUUGUUAUUAUCAAGUGGAAUGUGAUGCCGCUAAUGAUAAUACGGCUACACCGGGAGCCAGAUGCGCCACAGUUCUCGUCUUUGUUGCAGCUGCAUAUCGAUGACUUUUUCAGGAGCAAUGAGUUGGCAGAAAGAGUGGGGGAUCUGGACGCGAGAUGCGCGAACCUAGCAAAGAAAGGAAGGCAGCAGCUUACUUACUUGGAAACGACGCAAGUCCAAAUCUCUGCGCCGUCCCGAACAAUAACAAAAUCAGCAGAGAAGGCUGCUCACAUGUACUGCGACUGCGCUCCAAAAGAAGACGAGUUGCAGUUUCAGGCUCCAUCAUCACCCGUGUCACCUCCGCCUCGACCUCCAUCACCACCAGCGCCACGGCCACCGGAAGGCGAACCAACUCCACUGGAAACGCGAGACACAUCUCUUCUAGAAUCUAUUGCGGCGACGGCCCUGGGGGUGUUGGCGACGGUGAGCAACUUCAUCAGACGCCCCAGCCGCACACCGUGUGUCUAUCAGGUCAUUGCCGUGACGGAACGUGAUCGGAACGACGGCGGGCGAAAUGAUGGCGCGCUCCUAGUGCGCACAUGGUUCAAGCAGACUACGGCGUCCCCUGUGUCGACCCGUUCGCUGUUUUGCAAAAAAUUGCAAGAGGAUCGAG